UUCGAUAUAUCCCCCAACUUCGGUCGUAGGGAGAGAGGAGCAGUAAAUACCAGGAAACGAGUCGUAGAAGUUUCUUGCUCGACCUACAUACACACAUACAUCCAUACAUUAUCUCUACCUACUCACCUCUUAUUUAUUAUUCACCUACGGUUUCCCACCCCACUCCACUUAUACGUACACACAGAAAUACACGCGUAAACAAUGUCUGCGCAAAAUUCCCAGCGCGACCGCCCCCAGGGUUCCCAGACCCAGGUCCAGGCGGAAGCGCCCACCGGCUCCAGAACCCAGACCGGCACCCAGGCCCCGGCCUCGACAGCCCCCGCUAUCCUGCGACUGCGCGGCGCACACCCGGCUUCCGAUCACCGCGUCCAAUGGGCCGAGUCCGUAGUUGAUAAUGAGGGACUAGGACGGAAGCGAUCAAAAGUAUGCUGCAUAUACCACCCGCCCAGCCAGGUAGGCGAGUCCUCCGACGAGUCCUCAUCAGACGAUGACUCGUCAUCGUCGGACUCGGAUUCAGACCGCGGCAUGCAAGACGACCCCCGGGAGAGGGCGCUAGCAGCGCGACGGCGUCAACAACACGCCCAUAAUCACAAUCACAAUCACAAUCACGACCACGACCACGACCAUAACCAUGGAAACGGAGGCGGAGGUGGAGGAGCCCAGCGCAGACGCAGACCGAGUCCUAACGCCUAUGAGCGGCAACCGAAACCAAAGCCUAGAUCUAAUCCAGGAGGCAAUGGUCGUAAUUCGGGUAAUCGAGGAAACCCUAGUGCCGGGGGCGGAACCCGAUGAAGAAGAGCCUGACUUGAAGUCUAGCCUAGCCUACCAGGGCUUUCGCUUAAGACGACAGUUAAAAGGCUACCUACGCAUUGGAUACGAUAAACGAGUACCGUAGUCCAGAAAACCAGGGCAGAAACCGCAAAGGCGAGGAAGAUUGCAGCAGCUAG